ACGACUCAUAAUCAAAUGAUCGAAACAACAAAACACUAGGAAGUACUGCAAGAUUGUUAAGCUUCAAGAAGAUUUUAUACACUUCAUUUGACAGUCUGGCUUUCAUUCUUGAUAGACGAGGGAAUCCGCCAAAAUGUAUAGCAGAUGACCAUGCGGCAUGAACACCCGGAUCGGUUGAUUUUAUCAAAUAAUAAUAGCUUAGCAGCAGUAGCUCUUAGUGUUUAACCGUCAAAAUAAGACACUGCUGAACUAUUUAGCUAACUUGCUCACUGAAUGUAGUUUCAACUUAGGUAGAACUUGCAAGGAUGGAUCUUUGACGUGGUUUAAACUUUAAAGUUUAUGUUUGCCUUCAAACUCCUACUCAUAAACUGCAACUCUUCCGGAUUACUGCUAUAACUUAGUCUUCUGAAAAGUCUGUCCUGGUCUCCUCGUGAGAGGCUGUCAUCAUGGCAUCAGCCAAGCUUAAGUACCUCUCUCUGGGGGUCCUGGUGUUCCAGACCACGUCCCUGGUGCUGACCAUGCGUUACUCGCGCACCUUACAGGGCGACGGGCCACGUUACCUCGCCUCCUCUGCCGUGGUGGUGGCAGAGUUCCUCAAGAUACUCACCUGUGUGGGGCUCGUCUUCAAAGAUAACAGUUACAGCGGCCGAGCACUGAGCAGUAUUCUGAGACAGGAAAUUCUACACAAACCUAUAGAGACGCUGAAGCUGGCGAUUCCUUCUGGGAUCUACACGCUACAGAAUAACCUGCUCUACGUAGCGCUCUCCAACCUUGAUGCAGCUACCUACCAGGUGACAUACCAGUUGAAGAUCCUGACCACAGCCCUGUUUUCUGUGUUUAUGCUGGGCCGCAGGCUCGGGGUGUACCAGUGGUUGUCUCUGCUAAUUCUUAUGGCUGGUGUUGCACUUGUACAGUGGCCAGCGGACUCCACGUCAGACCCUCAGAAAGAGCAGCCGACUGCAGGCUCACAGUUUGUGGGGCUGGUGGCCGUGUUGGUGGCCUGUUUCUCCAGUGGGUUUGCUGGCGUCUACUUUGAGAAGAUCCUUAAAGAGACCAAGCAGAGUGUUUGGAUCCGAAACAUCCAGCUUGGCAUGUUUGGCCUGGUUUUUGGGAUCUUCGGGAUGUUGGCAUACGAUGGAGACAGAGUCCAAGAACAUGGAAUGUUCCAGGGCUACAACACGCUGACCUGGAUUGUGGUUGCUCUUCAGGCUCUUGGAGGACUCGUAAUAGCUGCUGUCAUCAAGUAUGCUGACAACAUACUAAAAGGCUUCGCUACAUCACUCUCAAUAAUCCUCUCCACAUUAAUUUCAUAUUUCUGGCUUGAGGACUUUGAGCCUACUAGCGUGUUCUUCCUGGGCACAAUAUUCGUCAUGAUAGCGACGUUUCUCUAUGGUUAUGAGAACAAGCCGGCAACCAACCCAAGCAGAGCAUGAUAAAUGGAUGGAUGAUGUGAAAGUGGAGUGGAACAAAGGGAUGAGACGAGUGGAAGGACGGAGAGGAGGCGUAGAGAGCGGAAAAGGAUUGAUUCAAGGUUGGAUAACAAGCUGGGCCACUGCUGUGCAGUGCUGAGCUGAAGCACACUGGGUGAAAUGCUUUGGGCCUGUGGUUUCAGUGAAACUCGUUUAGCUUGAAAACAUUCAUCAUCGCUAGUCUCAUUAGUGGGUGAUGGAUAAAAACACUUCGUAACGUGCCAUCUUCAGCUGAUUCUGGAUGAGCUGAGAGCUUUUUUUGGAUCAUGACUUGAGCAAUGAACUCGUUUGGCUCUUCUCAAUCAUUGGCUGCUUUUGGAUCGCUAAUACGCCACAAAUGAAACUUGAAUCUCGCAUUAACUCGCCAAUGGAUAUUAGGCUACUAAUGGGGUUGUUGCAUCACUGUAUUUUUGUGUUAUUAUUCAAACUGCUUGCGUCCUACAAAAAUAUAUUUUAUGUUAUUUUAAUAGACUGGGAUGCUGGGUUAGAUUCCGUGCCAUAGAAAUUGAGGGAAUGAUGUACCUUUUGUGAAUAUGAUGUAAACUUUUUGAUAUUAUUAUAAUGAAAUGAUAAUAACAAGGCUUAUGACAAUGAGGCUAGCCGGUCAGUUUGCGGGAUAUGGUGAUUAAAAAUUAUUUUACGGAUGACCUCUGUCACCAGGCAACAAAGUACGGAGCCCUUAAAGGGACAUGUUGAUGGAAAAAAUAUUAUUCAAUGCUGUAACAUUUGCUCAAAUGUUUUGCGUUCCCCUGAGAAUCAGAUUUUGUGAACGAACAUAUAGUUUCUCGAGGGAACGCAAACAUUUUGCGAGAGACCGCAAAAGCAUUGACAAUUUUCCUUCCCAUCUCAUAUCCUUUAGGGGCUCUGUAACAAAGAAUACUUGAGUUUCUCCAUUAUAUAUGCAAGGAAGUGCUUUUUUGGUGACUUUGCGCAAUAUGUGAAGCUAUAUUGGUAUCUGGUGAUGAGUAAUAAUAAAUCAGGUGUUUAAUUAUAUUCCUUUUGUUUUUUUUCAAACAAUACAUACAUUUUCACCAUGGCAGCACAAAAUUUAAAUGAAAGAGGUUUGGCAUUUGUUUCAAAAGGUGUAAAAACAAUGCAUGCAAUCACAGCUUGCAAAAGGUAAUUGAUUAAAAAGGCAAAAAGGUUUUUCUGUUGUUACAUACUGUUGGCCAUUCAGAUCUAUGUUUUUGUGAUCAGUCAAGAGGAUGCUCUAUCUGUCCGAGUCCUUCAAAACACACUGAAUCACAAAAACAAUAAACUUUACAGUGACCUCUGAA